AUGGGAGGAAAGAAAAAGAAAUCGAAGAAGCAAGAAGAAAUCGCUGCACCAGAAGCUGAACAGGAAAUUGAUUGGGAAGAUGGUGCCAAGAAGAUUAGCAAAAAGCAGUUAGAGAAGCAAAAGAAGCAAGAAGAAGUGGCUCUUAGAAAAAGAGAAAGAGAGUUGCAAUUGGAGAUUGAAGAUGUGACGAAUUCCUCCGCCAAGAGGAAGGGUAUGAGCAAGAGCAAGGCUAAUAAGAAAUCUGGAAAUCACGGUGGUUCCGAUUUGGACAAUGCGUUGAAUCAAAUUGAAGGGUCUGAGAAUAAGAAUAGUGGUAGCAUUAACGCUGAAGGUUUGGAUGAUGCAAUUGCUGCUCUUUCAUUGCUUAAAAAAGAUGUUGUCAGCGAUAAUGAUAUUGAGAGGCAUCCAGAGAGAAGGUUCAAGGCUGCUUUGGCUGAAUAUACUGGUAGAAGAAUGGCUGAUCUCAGAAUGGAAAACCCUGGUAUGAGAAAACACCAGCUUCAAUCGCUCGCCGCUAAGGAAUUCCAGAAAAGUGAUGAGAAUCCUUUCAAUAAAGAAACCAACGUAGCAUAUAAUGCCUCCGAGGAGGAGGUUCAGAGAUUGAAGGAUGCCAUUAAGCAGAAGAGAUCCAAAAAAAUUCGAGCAUUAGAUAACUGGAUCUGCAUCUCGCAAACUCGCAACCUAUUCAUGACCUUUAUUAUGUAA